GUGCGGACGCGGGGUCCCCGGGGCGGGGGAGGGGACGGUGCCGGGCCGUCCGCGGCGCGCAUGCGGGCCUGCAGCUUCCUGGCGUGGUGGGGCGACGGUGGUGGGGCGAGGGGCCGGGGGAGAGCUCCGGGGGCAGCGGCACGUCUGGAGGCCCGAGCCCAUCUCAAGAAUUAGUACUACAAAGAAAACCUGAUGCGACCUCUCCAGAUUGUCCCCAGCCGAUUAAUUUCCCAGCUGUAUUGUGGAUUGAAGUCUCCAGCCUCCACACGAACCAAGAUUUGCCUAACAAUGGCUCGUCCAAGUUCAAAUAUGGCCGAUUUUCGGAAGUGCUUUGCAAAAGCGAAGCACAUAGUUGUCAUUUCAGGGGCUGGUGUUAGUGCUGAAAGUGGGGUUCCGACUUUCAGAGGAGCCGGAGGUUACUGGAGAAAAUGGCAAGCUCAGGACCUGGCCACUCCUCAGGCCUUUGCCCGAAACCCGUCCCGGGUGUGGGAGUUCUACCACUACCGGCGGGAGGUCAUGCAGAGCAAGGAGCCAAACCCCGGGCACCUCGCCAUCGCUGAAUGUGAGGCCCGGCUGCACAAGCAGGGCCGACAGGUCAUGGUUAUCACCCAAAACAUUGAUGAGCUGCACCGCAAGGCUGGCACCAAGAACCUUCUGGAAAUCCAUGGUAGCUUAUUUAAAACGCGAUGUACCUCUUGUGGAGUUGUGGCUGCGAAUUACAAGAGUCCAAUUUGUCCAGCUUUAUCAGGAAAAGGUGCUCCAGAACCUGAAACUCAAGACGCCAGAAUCCCAGUUGAGCAACUUCCCCGGUGUGAAGAGGCAGGAUGUGGGGGCCUGCUGCGACCCCAUGUAGUGUGGUUUGGAGAAAACCUGGAUCUUGCCAUCCUGGAGCAGGUUGACAGAGAGUUGGCACUCUGUGACUUAUGUCUAGUGGUGGGAACUUCCUCUGUGGUUUAUCCUGCCGCCAUGUUCGCCCCCCAGGUGUCUGCUAGGGGAGUGCCAGUGGCCGAAUUUAACAUGGAAACCACCCCAGCCACGAACAGAUUCAGGUUUCAUUUCCAGGGGCCCUGUGGCACGACUCUUCCUGAAGCCCUUGCUCCUCAUGAAACGGAAACUAUUUCUUAAUUGUCCUGGGGAAGGAAGAAAUUAUAGCAUGCCUAAGUACUAGGCCACAAACAGAGGAGAAACAGGCUUGUGGAUGGUGAGCUGAAUAUGGAGAGAUUGAAAAAUAUCCUCUGAUUCCCUGGCUGGAAUCCAACCUGUUGAUAAGUGAUGGGGGCUUAGAAGUGACCAUAGCAAGUGUAUUUAGGAGAAGCCAGAGAACUAGAAAGUUAAUGCCUGUUAUUUGGUUUGAACCUAAACAUAAGCUACCUCUGAUGUGAUUGGUUAGUUAUUGGGAGGGAAAAAAUUUGUAAUUAGAUUGUCUAAAAAAUGUAAUUAUUCUGAUUGUAUUUUUGCUCUUUGGUUAAAGAUAGAAGUAGAGGGAUAAAACCCUGGUAUUUCUGACUUUUGCACAAGUUUUGGUGGAAAAUAAAAUCACUCUCUAUUGUAUAAAGACAUUACCCCGGGGCCGGCCUGGUGGCAUAGUGGUUAAGUUCACAUACUCCGCUUUGGCGGGGGUUUGCCAGUUCGGAUCCCAGGCACGGACCACUCAUCAAGCCAUGCUGUGGCGGUGUCCCGUAUAAAGUGGAGGAAGAUGGGCAUGGACGUUAGCCCAGGGCCAGUCUUCCUCAGCAAAAAGAGGAGGAUUGGCAGAUGUUAGCUCAGGGCUGAUCUUUCUCAGCAAAUAAAUAAAUAAAUAAAUAAAUAAAUAAGUAAAUAAAUAUGUUACCCCAAGAGAUGUCUUUGUUGGGGGCUUUUUCUUUUCAGCGUUUACCUUGUGUCGCUGCCUUAACUCAAAGUACAGUGCCUUAACUCAUGCAAGAAAGGAAGAGAAAAGUAGCAAUGAGGUGGAAAAUCAAGAUGAGAAAAAAGAAUGAUGCCAAUAUAUGGACACCAAGGAUAAACCCAGCUGCCUGCACCUUAGCACUGGCCUUCCCAGCAGCCAAGGAGAAAAGGGAGAGGUGACGGUGGACUAUUUCUCAAUAUCAUCAACACAGAAGCAUACAGUCCCUGCGGGGUCUGCCAAGCUUUCCCAGACACUGAAUUCUGAAGGGAGAUUUUCCCAUGGGACUUUAAAAAAUUAUGCUCAUCCUACCUUGGAGUAAAGUAGUAGGAAUACAGCUCUCUCCUCAAGUCCUAUCACAUAAUGCAGCACGCAGGGCCCUUGCAAUGCCGGAUGUCCGGCAGGCAGCAGAGCCCUGACUGGGAGACGUGGCGUUUAGUAAACAGGGUAGGAAGGUCACACAUAGCCCCCUUGGAUCAGGUGGGCUCCCUGGGUGAUCACGCUCCCGGGCCACAUCACCUCAGCCCCUUAUAAGAUUGCAUUUAAUGUUACACCUUUGGCUUUUGUAGAAAUAGAUGACAAGACACUGGCACAUAAAACUUCGUCCUGCAUUUUCAAGUCAUACCUUUUAAUAAAUCCCAGAGGUCCUCUACAUGGGCAAGAAGGACGUUCCUAACCUAGAGGAGUCUGAAGGGCCAGCAGGCACUUAGGGCUCCGUUCAUACUUUACAUGGCUGGGUCAAGGUAUGUGCACUGAGGGGUCCUGUAAUAUUUAUAAUGCAGUUUUUGUAUAUAAAAUACCAUCAUUCACUUUUAGUAGAUUUGUCAUUGGGCUUCUCAGAGUUAACUUUACACAUUUUUCUAGUGUUAGCAAUGAUGGAAGUCAGCACCCUGUCUCAGUCUGAUUCUAUUUUUCAUGUGUAAUUUCUGUCUGACCAAGGCCCAGAUAGUUCAGAAUUGUUCUUUGCAGCCCUUCUCGUACCAGGCCCUUGGUACCAGCAUCACUUUUUGUUUCUGUUUUGUCAUUUUUGUUCAUGUUUUGGUUUUGUUGUUUUUAAAUUAGGAAUUGCUUCUAAACCAGAGGAGAUGAAAAGAGAAUUGAAAAUACAAAAUUUAUGAGCUAGAAUUAUUCAGUUCAAUUUAAUAUUUACUGAACACCUACCAUAUGAUAGACGUUAGAAAUAAAAUGAUUAGUAAGA